AUGAUUAUUGAUUAUUCUGCUCAUUUUUGGGGUGAUAAACAUAUUGGGUAUAAUGUUCUUUACGAUCAUAUGAAAAAAGGAGAGGAUUCUGUGCAUGAAUUGCUCACUUUUAUUAAAGAAAGGGCUAGCAUGGAAGAUGACAUUUUAAAGUGCCUUAACAGACAGCUUGUUAAAGCUAGUACAUACACAACUAAUAAUGGAUCUUUGGCUGAUGCCUGGCGAUUGACUAAAAAUGCACUUGAAUUUUGGAUAGAAAUUAAAACAAAAUUAGUGCAUAAUCUUGGUGACCUUUCUAGAGACGUUUUUCGAUAUCAAGAAGAACUUAUAAAAAUUCGAAAAAAAGCUAAAGAUAUUGAGACAUUAGAAGCUAUAAAUUUAAUGCAAACAACCACAACUUGCUUACAAAAAGCUAAAGAGACCUACUUACAACGUUGUGCUGAAGUAAUUAAUUUAAAAAAUUCUAGUAAAGACUGGACAUCUACAAACACAAAAGAAUAUCUUAAAUUAAAUAAAAAAUAAAUUAAAUAA